AUGAUAAAUUUUGUUAAUACGAAACUUCCACAAUUAUUUAUCGAUAAUAAUACACAGAAAUUACAAGUACAAAUGCAUAUUAGAAAACCUCAUAUUGUACUGGCUCAACGAAGAGAAUUAGAAGAUCUUGAACAAAAUCCUUAUCCAUUGAAACUCUCACCAAAACUUUUUUAUGAUGAUGCGGGUUAUUUUAUAGGUAUUGGUUCACAAGAUAAUGGACAAUGGCAACCUAUUUAUAAUUUGUAUGAGACUGAUGAAAAAAUAUAUGCUAUUGUUGAACUUGCAGGUUUUAAAAAAGGUGAAUCACGUAUUGAAAUUCUUGAAGAAGCAAUUAUUAUCGAUGGUUGUCGUGAUGAUUUUAAAAAAUUAUUAAUAAAUCCAACAACUCAUCAAGAAAAAAUUCCUAUGGGAAAAUUUAAAAUAGAAAUCCCUUUGAAAUGUCGUGUUGAUCCCGAAGAAUCAUCUGCAGAACGUGACGAAGGUUUUUGGAAAAUUAUAUGUGACAAGAAGAAGGCUGCUACGAAGAUUUUUCAAUAA